AUGCUCCAGCCCCUUAAUCAUCUUCAUAGUCCUCUGCUGGACCAACACCAGGAGCUCCAGUACUUUCGGCCCCACAGGCAGUGGGUGAAUCAGAGCGCCGGCCAUCACCGCCCUCUGCCCAGAGCUGCCCACGGCGAAGGGCUCGCUCCCGUCCCGUCCCGUUCCCCGCCCGGGGCUCCCGGAGCCGCCCCCGCCCCGCCAGAGCCCCGGGACGCGGGGCCCCUCCCGGGGGCGCGCCCGCCGCUCCCGCUGCCAGCGUGGCACAGCCCCGGCUCCCGCCUCACCUGCUCCGCUCCCCGCCGGCAGCAGCCACCUCUUUUCCUUUCUCCCGCCCGCCCCGCUGACAGCCCGGCUUUGUCCGCCCGCCCCUCUCCGCUCCGCCCCGCGGGAGGUGCCACGGGAGCUGCUCCGGGCACGGCAGCCGAGCCCCGGGACAGUGGGUGCCCUUCUCUGCCAGUGCCGCCGGCAGCAUCCCGCCCCGCGGAGCGGCUGCACCAACCCGCGCCUGGAUGCAGUUACUAUUAUGGUUAUUAUUAUUGUUACUUUGCUGUUAAGCUGCGGGUGGCGGCAGUUCCCAGGGGAGCGCAGCCCGGCACCGUGCAGCCCCCGCGGUUUCCUCUCAGCCACCGGUCCCGGAGCGCCCGUCGGACGGCGCCGGGGCUGGGAAGCAUCUCUAGCAUCUCGCCUCUUGGCCGGCUGCAUCCCCACGGCUCGGCUCUGAGGCCGGCCGGACCCGCCGGAGGGGCAGAGCGCAAGAGCCCGCUCUGCAGAAGGAGAUGCUGA